UGAGUAGAUCAUUUUGAAAACUCAGCCUGUUUUUCUUAUCCUUAUUUCGCUGACAUGGCCUCCAGUGCGCCGAGCCCGUACCCCGCCCCAGUAGGUGGUGCGUCCCUCCUUGUAACAUUCAAAGGGCCCAGAAAUACCAUCCUUAUCAUCGGCGGUGAUGCUCUGGCUGCCUCUAGGGCAUUUGCGGCGCUCGAGGCAGGUAUGCAAGUCAUCAUACUCACCAAAGGGUUAGUAUGCGACGAGCUACGAUGGAGAGCGGUCCAACAGCAAAUAAAACUCAUGGACUGGGACACGCUUCCCUCUGCAUCCGCUUCCCUACUUGCCUCCGCACCAGAUACAAGCGCGGACACUGAAUCCUUCGCCGCAUUCCUCACCACAAACCCAUUUAUAUCUCUCAUCUGUAUCACUAUACAGACAACGGACGCACCGGCACUCGCGCGUAUCUGUCAUGCACACAGCAUCCCCGUAAACGUCACCGACCUUCCUGCACUAUGCGACUUCUCCUUUGCAGCCACACACCGUUUUGUGGAUCCAUCUACAGGUGGAAAGAGCGCACUACAAGUGGGUGUGACGACCAACGGGGAGGGAUGCAGGCUUGCGGGGCGUGUGAAACGAGAGAUUGUUAGCGUGCUGCCAAAAGAUAUCGCUGGAGCCGUGAAGCAGGUCGGAAAACUUCGACGUUUGGCCAAGAAUACAGAUGAUGACGUCGUAGAGUGUGAGGAAGGUGAGGACAGUAGUGUCACCACUCCCAACAGGCCCGUACCUAGUUGGAGAAACAAUACUGCCGAAAGCAAAGAAGAGUCCUCCCGCCGCCGCAUGAAAUGGGUUGCCCAGGUCAGCGAGUACUGGCCCAUCACACGCCUGGCAUUCAUGUCAGAGGACGAGAUGGAACUCAUAUUAUCUGGUGAAUCUCCCCAAACGAGUUCAUCGUACUCAACCCAUGCUCCAAUCGAGAGUUCAUUACAUAACUUGACACUUUUCCCGCCUCCAAAGAAAGGCCGUAUUCUCCUGGUUGGUUCCGGUCCAGGACAUCCCUCCCUUCUCACCAUUGCAACUCAUAAUGCGCUUACGAAGUACGCAGACCUUGUUCUCUCAGACAAACUCGUUCCUGCUGCCGUACUUGCACUCAUACCUCAAACUGUCGAAGUGCGCAUUGCACGCAAGUUCCCCGGGAAUGCUGAGGGCGCACAAUCAGAGAUGAUGGACGCAGCUGUUGAAGCUGCUCAACGCGGCCUCACCGUCGUCAGACAAGGAGACCCAGUCGUCUAUGGCCGUGCAGGGGAAGAAGUGCUCUUCUUCCGAGCACACGGGUUCGAACCGCUCGUUGUCCCAGGCGUCUCAUCUGCACUUGCAGCGUCGCCUAUUGCCAUUAUUGAGCGCGGCUCGAUGCCUGAUCAACGGGUUGUUGCGAGUACGCUUGGAGAUAUAUGUGAAGCGUUAGACUGUGCGGGUGAGCAGAGACCUCCGGGAAUGAUGGUUGUUGGGUGGGCUGUGUUGGCGCUGCAAGGCACAGGUGAUACGAGUGUGUUGGAAGAGGGGGAAGAGAGGGUAAUGAAGUGGUUAGGGGGAGGCAGGUGGAUUAUGCGAGAAGGAAUCGAUCAGGGCUGGGCGGAGGCAUAGGUGAGGUCUGAAGUUCUAUUCCUCGAUUUGCAGGAAUUUAUGUCGCAUAGGUGCUUAUUCGUAUUUAAGUCUACUUCUAAA